AUGAUCAUACCGGGUCCUAAGGGACCAGGGGAUGCUAUUGAUGUCUAUCUCCAACCUUUAAUAGAAGAAUUACAAGAGCUGUGGGAAGUAGGAGUUGAAACAUUUGAUUCAUCAGUUCACCAGAAUUUCAAGAUGUAUGCAGCUUUACUAUGGACCAUUAAUGAUUUUCUUGCAUAUGGAAACUUGUCAGGUUGGAGCACUAAGGGUAAAUUAGCUUGUCCUUGCUGUAACAAGGAUGUAUUUUCUAUGAGGUUAAACAAUAGCAUAAAGCAAUGUUUCAUGCACCAUCGUUGUUAUCUUCCAAUAAAUCACAAAUGGCAGAUUGACAAGAAAUCAUUUGAUGGCACGACAGAAUAUGGAUUACCACCAAAACAUCUUACUAGUCAGGAUAUUCUAGAUCAGGUGAAAGAUCAUGAAGGGGUCAUUUUAUCUAAAGAUGCUAGUAAAAAGACCAAAGUCUCACAUGAUAAUAGAAGGGAUAAUUGGAAUAAGAAAAGCAUUUUUUUUAGACUUCCAUACUGGAGUAGUCUUUUGUUGCGGCAUAAUUUGGAUGUGAUGCAUAUUGAGAAGAACAUAUGUGAUAAUGUGCUUGGAACAAUUAUGAACAUUAAAGGGAAGACCAAAGAUACUGUUAAGUCUCGUCUUGAUUUGGAAGUAAUGAAUAUUAGACUAGAGUUACACCCAAUACAAAAAGGAGAUAAGUUUGUGUUGCCAGCUGCUACUUACACAUUAACUCAUGAAGAAAAGCAUACAUUUUGUAUGUUUUUGAAGCAAUUAAAAGUGCCAGAUGGGUUUUCAUCUAACAUUUCACAUUAUGUUAGUAUUAAAGAACAUAAGAUUUCAGGCUUGAAGAGUCAUGAUUGUCACGUUCUCCUACAACACUUACUUCCUCUUACAUUACGUGGUCUUCUUCCCAAAUUAGUAUGUGAACCAUUAUUUGAAUUGUCUUUGUUUUUCAAAAUUUUGGGUGCAAAGACUUUACGGGUGGAGGAGUUGGAGCAAAUUGAAUCUCAAAUUGCCAUAACUCUUUGUAAAUUGGAAAUGAAUUUUCCCCCUUCAUUUUUUGAUGUGAUGGUCCAUUUGCCCAUUCAUUUAGCCCUUGAAGCCAAAAUUGCCGAACCUGUCCAAUAUCGAUGGAUGUACCCUAUUGAGCGAGAGUUAUAUGAGUUAAAACAACUCAUUCGUAACUUAUCUUGUCCUGAGGGCUCAAUUGCAGAGGGUUACAUUGCAAAAGAAUGUAUGACACUUUGCUCAAGAUACUUCACUAACAUUGAGACAAAGUUCAAUCGCCUUAAUCGAAAUCAUGAUGUUGGAAGUCAAGAACACAAAAGUGAUUUAUUAAUAUUUUCACAACUUGGACGUGCAUUGGGAUCGGGCAUGACUUGGGAUCUUCACAUGGAUGAGUGGGAACAAGCUCAUCUUUUUGUUCUAAAGAAUUGUGAUGCAGUUCAACCUUUUUGA